UUGUCGUUUCCUUCUACAAUUCAGAGUAAUAGAUGUUCUCCGGUAGUCUCUUCCGUUCCGGCGAGAUCUCGGUCUCCUCCGGCGGUGAGUCCGGUUCCUCGAUCCGAUUUGGAUGCGUUUCCAAAACUUUCGGGUGAUUCAUCUAUUUCGAAUUGUGAGGUUUUGGAUGAGUUUUUGCCGCAAUUGCCACAUAGGCCCAGUAUUCCUUUUAGGCCCACACCUGGUCUUGUCUCUCUAUUCGCAAAAACGGGGACAGUGCGCCAGAAGGUUAGGUUUACGGAUCGAUCUGUGCCGCCUCCUUCGUACGCCGCUGUAGUUCGUCGUUCAAUGGAGAGAAAGAACCAGCGUCCUGUUCAUGGAGGGGGAGGACAAGGCAGCUUUGCUGCUCGUGCAAACUUUCAUCCAGGUCAUGGCGAGGGAGGUUUUCAAGGUGCUCGAGGCCGGUUUGGCAGAAAUCGCUUUGGAGCUCGGAAUUUUGGUGGAGGCCGGCAGGGGCAAGGUGGAAGAGGUUGGAACGGCAAUGGUGGGCAACCAAAUGCUGGUUCCCAUGGCGGAGGAGAUGGCUGGUUUGGACAGGAAAAAUUUAGAAAUACCGAAGGUGGUUUUGGUCUGCAAGCUAGGCCAAUUUUUGGGCAUAAUCCUGGGCUAAGGUUUGGGCAAUCUCCAACCUUUAGCUUUGGAUUGCAGCCGGUCCCGUUGCCGUUUGGUCAGUUUCCUCCGGUGCCGGCUGGUGGUGGCGACGCAUCUCUAUUGGCUGCCGGCAGUGGCUUGGCACAAUUUGGAGGAGCGGCUGCACAGUUUGGUGGCGGGAUGAUUGCGGGUGGUGUUGCGCAGGGAUCGACAGCAGCUCAACAUGGUGCCGGGUUGACGGGCGCCGGUGCACAGACUAGUAGCAACUCUGGAGGCAAUGGUUCUGUACUGGCUGGGAUUGCUCCUUUUGGUGAUAAUGUGCAUCUUCCUGGCGGGGUAGCUGGUGAUCGGCAUUUGACCGCUGUAGGAGAAUCUGGUGCCUCGGCUGGAGUGGUUGCAGUAUAGACGAUGGUUGGGACUUCACAACCAACCGUUACGCCAUCUACUCAAGAGAAUGCAGGUAGAGGUUUAAUUAUGGGGGACAAGAGCUCUGGUAAAGCAAAGGUGGAUAAUCAGCUGAGUGUGCAUGUAGGUGGCAAAGGUAUUAACAAGAAUCCAUAUUGUUAUAGAUGCUAUACUAAAGGCCAUACGUUGCAGGAAUGUACAUCUAAAUUUUACUGUGAGGUUUGUGAAAGUGAGGACCAUAUAGGAUCCAGGUGUCCUAUUUUUAGGUCUAAUAAUAAACCCUCAGCUGAGUUGUGUGGGUAUGCAGUGGAUGGUCUUGGUUUUUUUCAUAUCCCUCUUUCAGCUGGCCAGAGAAUAAAACAUGAUUCUAAGGCUGCCCUAGUUAAAGUAACUAGAGGACAAAUGACGGUGCAGACCGUUGUUUCUGAAUUGGAGAGAUUGAUUCCUGGAAAUUGGAAGUGGGUGGUGGAAGAUAAUGGAGAUAACACUUUUCGUACUAUUUUUCCUUCUGCUGCGGAACUGAAACGCAUGGUAGAAUGGGGAAUAGUACAUACUAAGGUUAGUGAUGCAGAAAUGAAGAUAAUUGAAAGGGGAGUUAGUAAUGAGGUGAAAUAUGUGUUGCCAAAGGUAUGGGUUCAAUGCAAAGGCUUACCUUCUGAGUUAAGGGAGUUUUUAAUUAUUUGGGCGGUUGGUUCAAUGUUAGGUAUUACAAAAAUGGUUGAUAUGAAUUUUACUAGAAGAUAUGACAUUGCUCGUUUACAAGUUCUGGUUUUAGAUCCCUCUCUUAUCCCUGAUGUGGUGGAUGUGGUUAUUGGGGAUAAUUUGUAUGAGCUGUGUUUUAAGGUGGAGCCAGAAAAUGGGCUUGAUGUGCCUGAACCCAUGGACAUGGAUAAUAGUGGUGAUAGAGAAGAUGGUAAAAAUAUGGAUGGGAGUGAUGUGCAAGAUAAGGGUAAGGGAUCAGAUGGAAGUAAUUUUAAGGAUGGUUCCCUACUGCAAGGUGGUGGCCAGUUUAGUGGUUCUGUUUCAGGAAAAGGAACGUCUUCUGAGCCAUCUACUCAGGUUUUGUCACCUAUUAUUAAAGGAUUCUCAGGUUUUGUCACCUAUUAUUAAAGGAUUGACAGUAUCUGAUGAGGAGUUUGAUGGGCUUGUGGAGGAAUCUGUUGGGGCAGGAUCAGUUAAGUCUCAUGAAAGUCUAGCUGUUAAGUUAGCGGCAGUACCUGACACGAUUCUCUCCCCUACUAGACAAAGCAAGAGAAGAGCAAGUGAUAGUGAUCAACUCACUUUGCAGAGGGCUGAAAAGAUUAAAGCUGGGAGGAAUUUGGAGGUUCAGAAUGUUAAAGGUGCUUUUCAGGGCAACGUAUUGGCUUCGGGGUUGGGCUCAGUUGCAAAGGCAUGAUGAAGAUAUCAAGCUAAUAAAUGAUGAAUGUCGUAAACUUGAGACGACAAUUAUGCAUCUAUUUGCCAACUUCGGGUGGAGGUUCUCUAUUAGAAUUCAGUAGUUAGGGGAUCUUUUUCUUUUGUUGGUGUCUAUUAGUUUGCUUAGCUUUGUUUCUGCUAUCGUGAACUUUCUGUGUGAGUUCCAUAAUAAUUGGCUGUAACUCUUAGAGUAAAGGCCGGAAUGUUACAUUCCAUUAUCUAAAAAAAACUAGAGGGAGUAACUGGGAAGAUCAACAGCAUACCGUACGCUUAAUUACUCUACACGCAUGUAACCCAGCUGGUAUAUAGCUUUUCCACAUUUCCAGUUACUCGAUUGGAAUGCAAUGCUUUUGAGUAAA